AUGGGAAAGCGACGCGCCGGCCUGCUGGUGUUCCUGGGAGCCAACGCCGCCGGCGCCGACGACCCCGACGUCAUCAACCUGGGGCAGGCGCUGGCGCGGGCCGGCUUUGCGGUGAUGUACUACUGGUCGCCGACCAUGGGAGAAAAGGCCCAGGUCGACGCCGGGGAGAUCGGCAACCUGGUGGCGGCCUUUGAACACCUGCGCGAGGAGGACUACGUCGACCCGCAGCGCGUCGGACUGGCCGGUUUCUCGGUGGGAGCGUCCUUUGCCCUGGUGGCGGCGGCCGACCCGCGGAUAGCCGACGAUAUCGCGUUCGUCAACGCGUUCGGCGGGUACUAUGAUGCGGCCGAUUUGAUCGUCCAAAUUGCCGCGGGCAAAGCCAUGGACGAGCGCGGCGAGAGGGAUUGGGCGGUGGACCGGCUGACACGCCGCGUCUACAACAACAUGCUCAUCGAUUCCAUCGACGACCCGGCGCAUCAGGAGGCGGCGCGGGCCAUUGCCGGCGGUAGCGGCUAUGACCCCGACGGCCGGCUCCCACUAUCCACCGAGGCGGCGUUUGCCAUGUUGGCCGGAGUCGACUACAUCGGCAUGGCGAGAUGGCGGUACGCGCAGUUGUCGGACAACUUCCGCACCCGGGUCGAUUCCAUAGCGCCAUCGCACCACGUGGAGCAGUGGAGCAGCGACACGGCGAUGCGCGUCAUGCACGAUGUCGGCGACCCGCUGAUACCCGUGGGGGAGUCGCGACGACUGGUUGACGCGCUGGAGGAGCAGCGGCCCGACGUCGAGGUGUACUACACCGAGACCGACAUCUUCCGGCACGUCCGCCCUGAUGCCAACCGGGACCUCAAGUCGCUGCUGCGGGGCUCCCUGCAACUGUUCCGCCACAUGUUCCACAUCGUGGCGGUGGCGCGUCAGCCGGCGGGGUGA